AUGAGGCUACCUCAUCUGGGCGUGCUCAUCGCGGUCCUGAGCGAGGUGAUCUCGUUUAACCUCGAGACGCGCCACUGGCUGGACAAACGAGGCCAACCCGGUUCCUACUUCGGUUACGCUGUUGCCGGCCACAUGCAGCGAACCGUUGGCCAUGGUGCGGUGGAAAACGUCACCCACUGGAUGCUGGUGGGAGCACCGUUAGGGCAAAACCUUCAGCCAGGUUCCAACCACUCGGGGGCACUUUUCCGGUGCCCGAUUACGGUUGCUGCCGAUGACUGCGAGCAGGUUGUCACCGAUGGUCGACGGACUGAUGACAUCGACGAUGAUGUGGCGGUUGGGUCGGACAGAUUGCCGGAAAUCCUGCAACCGCCUGGGGAUGAUGAAAUCAAGUCCAAUCAGUGGCUGGGUGUGACGGUGGAGACGGGUGGUCAACAGCACAAGAUCUUCGUGUGCGCCCAUCGGUACAUCAAGAUCAACAAUCCCCAGCAGUCGUACAGCACAGGUCCUACCGGGACGAGCUCAGCCGGUCUGUACCUCGGUCAAGGUGUCUGCUACGUGCUGUAUGAGGACUUCACGUUUGAUUUCGCGGUCGAAGUGUGCCGUGGACGAGCGAUCGAGCGUGAACAUCAGCAGUACGCGUUCUGUCAGUCUGGCACGUCCGGUGCAGUCUUACCGGAUGGAACUGCCCUCAUCGGAACGCCUGGUGCUAUGACCUGGAAGGGCACGUUGUUUAAUGUUGCGAUUGAGGGCGACUUUCUGUCCCGCGAUAAGUCUCAUUAUUUCGCGCCACAUGACAACGUGCACACGCCGGUACCGAACUAUAGUUACCUUGGGAUGGCGGUGACCGGUGGUCGGUUCUUUAACGGACAGAUGGCGUACGCAGGAGGGGCACCAAGGGCUGCUCAGGGCAACGGUGAGGUUGUCAUCUUCAUGAACCGCGAACGGAAUAGUCCCUUUGACCCGGUCGGUUCGCUGCGAGGUGAACAGUUUGGGUCCGGGUUCGGGAGCACCCUCGCGUCGGCUGAUGUCAAUGGAGAUGGCCUACUAGACCUGCUCGUUGGUGCUCCGAACUACUUCAACCGCACCGAUGGUGGCGCCGUGUACGUCUACCUUAACCUAGGUUCCAGCUUCGACCAGAAGUACAAGCAACGACUAACGGGACGGCUGGAGUCACGCUUUGGCACCUCCAUCACUAAUUGCGGAGACCUUAAUCAUGACGGUCUGGAUGAUGUCGCCAUUGGAGCACCGUACGAGUCGAAUGGUCGAGGUUGCGUUUACAUCCAUUUCGGUGUAAAGGAUGGUGCCUUAUCACCGGAACCAGUGCAAACAAUUGACCCAAGCGACCUGUUUCCGACCGGUGCCCGCACUUUCGGUAGCUCGUUGGCAGGUGGACACGAUCUGGAUGGUAACUCGUAUCCAGAUCUGAUCAUCGGUUCGUAUGGAAGUGACCGAGUAACCGCCUUAUUUGCUCGACCCAUCAUCAACAUUCGCACGUACGAGGAACCUAGUGAACCGAGUUGGAUCGAUCCGACCCGAUUCGGGUGCCCUGCUGAUCCGACCGCAAAUGCUACUUGCUUCACCUUCCAGGCGUGCAGUGCGGUAGAUGAUGCGUCGCUGAGCGAUGGCGAAGAAAUAGCUGACACAUCGCUUCCAUUGCGUUGCAACAUCCAAGCGGAAACGUUCUUCCUUGAGCGCAAAUUUUCGCGAGUGUACUUUGACGCUGGAGUAAAUGCUAGUACCAAUAGUAGCGAAUCCACCGUACCACGCACCAAUAUACUUCCAUGGCGGUUCCGGCUGCCAGUGAACGGGAAACCCAUCUGCCAUCAGGUGACGGCCUAUCUGAAAGAGGGUACUCGCGACAUCCAGAACCCGAUUCAGUUCCGCAUCACCUACACGCUAGAUGAAGAGCGUAGGCAGCAGUCGGCAAGAGCCCGCGGACGGAAGGAACGAGCCUUACCCCGGCUAGAACCGAUCCUGAAUCGGACCGCGGCUGAACGAACAUUCGAAGUCCCAUUCCAGAAGGACUGCGGCACGGAUGACAUCUGCCGGUCGGCACUUAACAUCCAGAGUGCACAGGUAGUUGGCUUGAGUGAGGGACGUACCGGUGAUGAUUAUCUGCUUGUGCUGGGGCGAGACCGCACACUGACGCUGGCACUGAACAUACAAAAUCAGGCCGAUUCGGCAUACGAAACGCAUCUGUACGUACGACAUGAUUCCUCGCUAAAAUACGCAGGCUCCAAGGGUUCAUCGGUUUGUUCACCGCACAACACCACGGUGGUCGACUGCAGCAUUGGCAACCCUCUGAAGCGUAACGGUGAGGUGCAGCUGUCACUUCGCUUCGAUGCCAGAUCGCUGGAGGAGUACGGAUUUAGCAGUGGUCCAAAUGGUGCUACACAACGGAUCGCACUGGCGGUGUUCGUCAACAGCACGUCGCAGGAUGCUGGUUUAAAAACGCACGCCCAGCUUAACCUGCAGGUCCAACGUAUGGCGAAGCUGACAUUGGCCGGUGUCGCUCAACCUGAGCAGGUAUUCUAUGGUGGUGGUGGCACCCCAAUUCUUGGUGAGAGUGCGAUCCGUACACUGGACGAGAUCGGUAUGUUGGUUAGACACACGUAUCAGAUCUACAACGAUGGUCCGUGGCGAGCGCCAUUCGUGAAGCUAAUGAUCGACUGGCCACUGCAGGUGUCGAACAACAAACCGCAGGGCAAGUGGCUGCUAUAUCUAGACGCGCAGCCUAUGCUAGACAUGUCGACCAACGGCAUCACAGGUGAUGGUCUCAGUCCGUGCGAAGUACUGCACAAGGACGAACCUGACGGUGCAGUUGUGGCAGGUGGCAAAAUGGUGUCUCUGGUCAAUCCGCUCGGCCUGCCGGAACGUGUCCCUGGUACGACUGGAACUGGCCCCAACAGUCGCUCUUUCGAAGGAGUCAAGCGUGCCCAACGCAUCCGGCGUGACCGGGCUAUGGUGUUACGUCCGACGAGCGCUGACGGUGCGGUACAGAUGGACUGCGCCACCAAGACGGCCAAGUGCGUGCGGAUCGUCUGCAACAUCCACGAUCUCGGUCCCAAGGCGCACGCUCUGGUUACGAUCACGGCUCGUCUCUGGAACGCGACACUUGUCGGUGACUAUGCAUCCGUCGAUGUCGUGCGGAUUGGGUCAAAUGCCCGUUUCACUGUGGAGGGGCUAGACAGACAUACGGAGACGGAACAACCGCAGGUGUUGACCGUACGCACUGAGGCGUUCCCCGAAAUGGGACCUCCGAUUGUGGCGAUGGAUAUACCGUGGUGGAUUAUAGCAGUUGCCGUCACUGUCGGUGUGCUGGUGUUAUCCGGCCUCAUCUACGGGCUGUCUCGGUGUGGGUUCUUCCGCCGGAAGCGCCAUCUUGGCGAGGAUCCUACGCUCAGCGGUAAUCUUGAACGGUGCCGAGGUCCUACCGGUGCCACGUACUACGAGCUAAACGACGCGAACGUUAGUGGUGGAACAGCCGAACGAGUUCCAUUUGUCGACCGGUACUCCAAAUCUUGA